GCAAGCAGAACCAAUUCCUGUCUUCCACAUGCAUGCAACACUGGCAGCAUCAUUAUGGGAUACGGCAGCAUGACCAGCUAUGCCGCUACUCUGGAUCACACUGAGCGCCCUGCCGUGCAUGCAAAGUACGGACUGGUGGUUUUCAAUCGACUCACAAACAUCGUUUUCUGUCUUUUCUGGCUUCUCUGUCUGAGCAUCAGCUACAUAUCGGGCCUCCGCUGGAUUUUCGUCUAUUUCCUUGUCCACUUCAACACAACCAUCCUCUCACAGGUUGCGGAGAUCUUCAAAGAUUUGUUUCUGACAGGGCCAUCAAAAAGCUACACUGAAGACGAGGUUCCAACAGACACCUAUUCGGCAGAGGUAGUGCCCAUCUAUGUGUGGAUAUUCUUGGAGGCAGCCAUACUGCUCAGCAUCUACACAUACUACACCACAGUUCAGGAGCUUGAAGCAGAAGCCGCUAAGAAGAAUGCACAGCAAGUGUAUACAAGCACCUAUCAGUAGUUUAAGGUGAAUAAAGACGU